GCGGUCGAACGGCCGGUUCCGGCUGAAUGUCAGUGCGGGACUGUGGGCCGGGGAGGAAGGUGGUUCGCGGUGUCUCCACCACCCGCGCCGCUGCCUCCGCUUGUGCCGCCGCCACGGGCGCCCGGCCGGUCGGCCGCUCGGGCAUGAGACCGUGAGGCGAGCGAUUGGCCGGGACCGCCGAGAUGUUUGGCCGCUCGCGGAGCUGGGUGGGCGGGGGCCAUGGCAAGUCUUCGCGCAACAUCCACUCCCUGGACCACCUCAAGUAUCUGUACCACGUGUUGACCAAAAACACCACCGUCACAGAACAGAACAGGAACCUGCUGGUGGAGACCAUCCGAUCCAUCACCGAGAUCCUGAUCUGGGGGGAUCAGAAUGACAGCUCUGUAUUUGACUUCUUCCUGGAGAAGAACAUGUUCGUUUUCUUCCUGAACAUUCUGCGCCAGAAGUCGGGCCGCUACGUGUGCGUCCAGCUGCUGCAGACCCUGAACAUCCUCUUCGAGAACAUCAGUCACGAGACCUCGCUCUAUUAUUUGCUCUCUAAUAACUAUGUAAAUUCUAUCAUUGUCCACAAGUUCGACUUUUCUGAUGAGGAGAUUAUGGCAUAUUACAUAUCAUUCCUGAAAACACUUUCGUUAAAACUCAACAACCACACGGUCCAUUUCUUUUACAAUGAGCACACUAAUGACUUCGCCCUGUACACAGAAGCCAUCAAAUUUUUCAACCACCCUGAAAGCAUGGUCAGAAUUGCUGUAAGAACCAUAACCUUAAACGUCUACAAAGUGGAUAACCAGGCCAUGCUGCACUAUAUCAGAGACAAAACUGCUGUCCCUUACUUCUCCAAUUUGGUCUGGUUCAUUGGGAGCCACGUGAUCGAGCUUGAUAACUGUGUACAAACAGAUGAAGAGCACCGGAAUCGGGGGAAGCUCAGUGACCUGGUGGCUGAGCACCUGGACCACCUGCACUAUCUCAACGACAUCCUCAUCAUCAACUGCGAGUUCCUCAAUGACGUGCUCACGGACCACCUGCUCAACAGGCUCUUCCUGCCGCUCUACGUGUACUCACUGGAGAACCGGGACAAGGGAGGAGAACGACCGAAGAUCAGCCUGCCGGUUUCUCUCUACCUUCUCUCCCAGGUCUUCCUAAUUAUACAUCACGCACCCCUGGUGAACUCGUUAGCGGAAGUCAUCCUGAAUGGCGAUCUGUCCGAGACAUACGCUAAGCCCGAACAGGAUGUUCAGAGAAGCUGUGCCAAGCCGAGCAUUCGGUGUUUCAUUAAACCCACCGAGACGCUAGAGCGGUCCCUUGAGAUGAACAAGCACAAGGGCAAGAGGCGGGUGCAAAAGAGACCCAACUACAAAAAUGUUGGGGAGGAGGAAGACGAGGAGAAAGGGCCUGCCGAGGAUGCCCAGGAAGACGCCGAGAAGGCUAAAGGUACAGAGGGUGGUUCAAAAGGCCUCAAGACGAGUGGGGAGAAUGAAGAGAUAGAGAUGGUGAUCAUGGAGCGCAGCAAACUUCCAGAGCUGGCCGCCAGCACCUCCGUGCAGGAGCAGAACACCACGGACGAGGAGAAGAGUGCUGCCAGCGGCCUGGACAGUGUCCAGUGGAGCAGACCCUUCCUGGAUAUGGUGUACCAUGCCCUGGACAGCCCAGACGACGACUACCAUGCGCUCUUCGUGCUCUGCCUGCUGUAUGCAAUGUCUCACAACAAAGGCAUGGAUCCUGAGAAACUCGAGCGAAUUCAGCUUCCAGUGCCCACUGCGGCUGAGAAGACCACCUACAACCACCUCCUGGCCGAGAGGCUCAUCAGAAUCAUGAACAACGCGGCCCAGCCAGACGGCAAGAUCCGCUUGGCGACGCUGGAGCUGAGCUGUCUGCUCCUCAAGCAGCAAGUCGUGGCCAGCACAGGCUGCAUCAUAAAGGACGUGCACCUGGCCUGCUUGGAGGGAGCCCGAGAAGAGAGCGUCCACCUGGCGCGGCACUUCUAUAAGGGAGAAGAAAUCUUUUUGGACAUGUUUGAAGAUGAGUACAGGAGCAUGACGAUGAAGCCCAUGAACGUGGAAUAUCUCAUGAUGGACGCCUCCAUCCUGCUGCCCCCGACAGGCACGCCGCUGACCGGCAUCGACUUCGUGAAGCGACUGCCGUGUGGUGACGUGGAAAAGACCCGGCGGGCCAUCCGGGUGUUCUUCAUGCUCCGUUCCCUGUCCCUACAACUGCGAGGGGAGCCCGAGACCCAGCUGCCCCUGACGCGGGAGGAAGACCUGAUCAAAACGGAUGACGUCCUCGACCUGAACAACAGCGACCUGAUCGCGUGCACGGUGGUCACCAAGGACGGCGGCAUGCUCCAGCGGUUCCUGGCUGUCGAUAUUUACCAGAUGAGUUUGGUGGAGCCCGACGUGUCCAGGCUGGGCUGGGGAGUGGUCAAGUUCGCAGGCCUUCUGCAGGAUAUGCAGGUGACCGGCGUGGAGGAUGACAGCCGCGCCCUGAAUAUCACCAUCCACAAGCCUGCGUCCAGCCCCCACUCCAAGCCCUUCCCCAUCCUGCAAGCCACCUUCAUCUUCUCGGACCACAUCCGCUGCAUCAUCGCAAAGCAGCGCCUGGCCAAGGGCCGCAUCCAGGCGAGACGCAUGAAGAUGCAGAGGAUAGCGGCCCUCCUGGACCUUCCGAUCCAGCCGACGACCGAGGUCUUGGGGUUUGGACUCGGCUCAUCUUCCGCGCAGCACCUGCCCUUCCGCUUCUACGACCAGUGCCGCCGGGGCAGCAGCGACCCCACUGUGCAGCGCUCUGUGUUCGCCUCUGUGGACAGGGUACCAGGCUUCGCCGUGGCCCAGUGCAUAAACCAGCACAGCUCGUCCUCCCUGUCCUCGCCCUCACCAUCGGCCAGCGGGAGCCCCAGCGGCAGCGGGAGCACCAGCCACUGCGACUCUGGAGGCGCCAGCUCGUCAUCCACCCCCUCAGCCGCCCAGAGCCCCGCAGAUGACCCCAUGAUCACGGAGCAGCCUCAGCCUAACCUCCCCGACCAGUUGGUGAUCGUCGACGAAACAGAAGCCGAGGCCAGGCCCGGCAAGAGCCUGGCAAGGAGUGCGGAUGUGGAGACUGUCACCCUGUCGCCCAGCCUCAUCCCCGCCCAGCAGCCCACCAUCUCCCUGCUCUGUGAGGACGCUGCGGACACGCUGAGCGUGGAGUCGCUGACCCUUGUCCCGCCCGUCGACCACCACAGCCUCCAUGCCCUCACCGGCAUCCCGCCGCCGCCCCCAGCUGUGGUGGGUACAGAGGCCCCAGGCUCGGGGGCCGGGUGGCCGGAGCCAGCAGACCCCGCUGAGCCCUGAGCCGGCCUCCCUCGGGGUGGACGUGUGUGUGUGUGCGCGCGCGCGUGUGUGGCCCCGCUGGCAGGGACCUGAUACGGCUGAACCCCCAGGAACAUCCACAGUUCUUCCCGGACCCAGGGAGCACCUCAAACCAUCCUCGCGCUCCUCUGCUCCAGUUCGAAUCCCCCUUUGACUUCACACCUGUUUGAGAGCAGGCUGGGACCAGCGGCAACACCCCAGUGAACCCGGAUCAUCCGAAAGCCGCCUCAGGGAGGGGGCUGGGCUCUGGGUCUCAGAGCCCUCGGCCCCCUGGUGUGGGGGUGCAGGCAGCGGCAGGACCCAUCAGCAGCACUCGCUUCAUCAGCCAGCCCCUCUCCUGUCUCAGAGGUCCUCUGCCACCAUCCCCAGUGUGCAGAGAAGCAGCGGACGUGGUCACUUUGUGUAGAAAUUUCUAGAAAAGCAAACUUCGAUAAACACCUCCUUUGGAUAUUUAUUCCUGCUUUUGGCAGCAGAUGAAAAACAGCUAUUUAAAAAGUUCAAAAAAAAAAAAAAGAAAGAAACGUCCUCCGCCCUAAGGUUUGAUGUCAUGUUGUAAGUGUAAUAUUCCUGUAGAGAUUUCGUUUUCAUUUUCCCUUGAAGUUCGGGGAUUUGCGGUUUAGAGUUCUGUGUUCAGCUUUCUCCAUUGUCUUUAGGGACUCUGACUUCUUUGUCUCUUACUAACCCGCGAGCCUGUGGAAUGAUAGAAAUCCCUUCUGGAAAGUUUAAAGUAUUUUUUAAGCAUAAAUAAGGGAGAGACGCACAUCCUCAGGUACACACAGAGCUGAGAGAGCCAAAAGUUUCUCUGCCAUGGCAGCCCAGGGGCGUCACCCAGAUCUUUCCAUGAAAAGGCGGACUGUGGUCAGGUCCCUGCUCAGGGCCACCCCCAUCCUUCUGGACUAAAACCAAACAGGACGGUUUUCCAGCAUGGCCUUCGGUUGUCACCAUCUCUCCAUUUGCCUAAGAAAGAACUCUGUGGGACUGCAGGGACUCUGGCCUCCCUCUGAUGGCUCUGAUGGAAAGAAAAGGUCAUGGAAACCAUGCUCCAAGGCCAUUGCCUGCUGCUCAGCUGUGUGGGUGCCCACAGUCAGGGACACCCCAAGGGUCAACCCCUGCCCAGCAGCGAGGACAUGAUGUCCUAGGAGCCUGGGCUUUGUCCCUCUUCCUCUCAGCUGCUGCUGUAAAGAUGCAAGCUCGUUUGUGUUUAUUUUUGUUUUGUAAUGAAAACCCCUGGUUCCGUCUCCAUUUGGGCUGGGCGUGUGCAGACCAGGUCUCCUCUGUAUCCGAUAAAGCUCCCAAGAUGUUCUUUCUGCUCAAACCAGGCACAGCCAAGUGACCCUCACCUCCCUGAUCGAUGUUGAGAUCUUGCAGAACUGGCCUCCACGUGUUCCCACAAGAGUGUGAGCACCCACCGUGUCAGCACUGGCCGGGCUGGGUUGUCAAGCAGCCUCAGAAGAUGCUACGCAAGCUCACCUGUUAGAGACCCCAUCCCCCUCGCCUCCUCCUCCAUCUGCAGUCAAGCACGGCCUGCCUGGGCCAGAUUCAGCCUCCUAAAGGAAACACCCAGUUCCCCCAAGUAAGGGCCGUGGCAUCUGCAGGGCAAGUCUCUCCAGCCAUCAGAAGCCCCUGGGCAGGUGAGACCAGCCAGCACCAUCAGGGGAAAAGACCCAGCUCAGAUAGGAGGCCAUUUUGACAGAAAUUCCAGGGGCCCCAGCAAGGAGGGACAAGCCAUGACUUUCAGCAGAGCCCUCCGGAAAGGACAGGCGGCGGGGACAGAAGGAGGGAGAAAGUGCGUGUUGUCAGGGAGGGGACCCCACUGGUGCCUCUGCUGGGAUGAGGCGCAGGAUUUCUCCAGAGGCCGCCCACUUCUGCUUUUGAAACGAUUCUGGAGCAGCAGAAAGGAAGAAAGGCCAGUGGCAUUAUUGUGAGGAAGAAGCCCAAGCAGGUGGACCCCGCUCUUCAAGCUCUGCAGGAGCAAGGUCUCAGCCAGCGGGGACCACACGCCUGGAAGGACCCGGGGCAGCAUCACCAGGCAGGAGAGCUGAACGCAGACCAGCCUCCGUGGGCUGUUGAGCAGAAGGUGCGAUCAGGCCAAGCACGCUUCCACCCCAUGCCUGGCCCAAGGGCAGACCUCCCCCAAAGUGGGCUCACAGGGUUGGUCCUGGGCCACCCACAGCCUGCUGGCAACCAGAUCCCCACUGUCUUGGCAGCACUGGGUACAGCUGCAUCUUCAGGAGCACCCCAAAAAGCGAAUGGUGGGGGCACCUCCAGUGAGGCCCUUCUAGACAGCAGGCACUGGGUCUCCAGGGCAGAGAGAGGUAGAACCAGGAAUUCUUGGCGAGCCCAGGGCAGGCGGGGGCCAUGGCCCCGUGACACGUGGGUACCAGACUUGGAUCAUCCAUCCCUCCAUCUCCAAGUCCUGCCCCUCCAGAGACCCUCCCUAAGUCCACAUUAAGCCCAUUGGGUUUGCCAGGUCAGGGGCAGAGCUGGUCACAUCUACCCCCAAACAUCAGCUUUGAAAGUGGCUGGGGUAAAACACAUGUGUUUCUGGUUUGCCAGCAGGGGCGCCUCAAAGUCAGAAAGGCACGUGCCCCCCACCCAGGAGCGGGUAUUGAUAGUCCUGCCGGCACCAGCAGACCCUCUGUGCUCCCCUUACCCCUCGAGGCCUGGCCUGCUUGCUGCUCUCUGCAGAAGGCAGCUCCCCCCACCCCCCAACACCUGCCUUGCGACCCGGGGGUGAGUGACGGAACGCACCUCUACAGACAUACACUAGAUUUCCCUAAGGUCUCAAGAUGCACUGGUCCAAAAGGCGCGAGGCGGGGUGAGGACCAACACUCACCUUCUUUUCUAGAUGCAAUAAAUAAGAAAUAUUUAAUGUAGUCACGAUGACAGGGGGGCAGAAACUGUAAGGGUUCCUUAUGUUCCUCCAAGUUGAAAAUAUGUAAAUAAUUCUUGUCCCGGGGUGGAGCAGGAUUGAGAAACCUCAUGCUUUCCGGGCCCCGGGACCGUUCCAGGGAAGUACCUGCUCUCGCCAGUGUGAUUCAUGCUUCGCGGGUACUCAACACAAGGGUGGAAAUGAAAACUGGAACUUCCUUGUAAAUUUGAAUUUGGCAAUAAAAAAAAAAAGAGUUACCAA